UUCGACCACCAUUAGCAAUCAACGGCCAUACCCCACUCUGAUGUGAUCCGCAAAGGCCAUACCUACACCCGCCGCCAACCACCCUUGUUCCUUCUUCCGCCAUCAACAUCACUCAAUAAUCAGCCGGAUAAUUUUGAUAAGAAGCAAUGUGGACAUCGAUCUCCCCCACUUGGCCUGGUGUCAUAUCAUAUACAGGAAUGUGCAGUUGGUGUUUGUCCAUAACAUCAGAGAAGAACGCCAUCGCCAGAAGCGACACUUCCUUCUCACCUCCCUUCCACCGUCUCAUACACACCCCAAAAGCACCUGCAGCAGAAUAUAAACGCCCUAGCAUCAUGCAGCCAAUGGCCAUGUGUAUUUAUGGCGAGCAAAGAUGCUUCGCCGCGGAGGAAUGUCAUACGUGCGCUCCUGCAUGACUUUGUCAGCAAAACUGUUUUGGGCUUACCUAAUUCGCUGUCGAGACUUCAGGGCCUGAACCGCCGUCGAAUCGCUGCUCGCUGCCCAUCUUUAGCCGGGGCGCUCGUCAUAUUUGCUGGUAGCUUACCCGUUUCUCUGUUUUUUUUGAAAAAAACCUGUUCCCAUAUCUCCCUUUUACGUAUGGCACCAUCUCUCCGCCAAAGGCCAUAAUACCUACAGCGAUUAUCCGCCAAAGAUAUCUAGGCUAUACCCGACCAGUGUUUCGUCAGCUGCGAGUCGAUUUCUUUGCCCAUCGGACGAUCCCGAAUUUCCGACAUUACAAUUUCAAUAUAUUACUUUGAUUUUCGACGACGCAGUGUUCAAAGUUCUUAUUCAUACCCGUUUUCUACGUAGGCCUCUACAUCGGCCAAACGAUACCCAGUGAAUCGCUCUAAACUCCGUCUUCAACAACUCUACCUCGGUCAUCGGUAUAUCGGCGCGCAUCGCAACCCAUUAACGGAAGGUUCAAGUUUCCUACUCGUAGUAUUCUCGCCGCAUGGGUCUCCUCGCACUUGGAACGCCGCUCACAUGGGAGCAGACGAAGCCUCUCGCGGAUCAUAUUCGUGACCACGGUAUCGCGCAGUUCUUAAACACUUGGGAUCGGUGGAAGGACAAAACUGGCAAAGGGCUCUUAUGGGGUGAUGAAAUCGAGUACAUGGUGGCAUCGUUCGACGAUGAACAAAAGACGGCAAGGUUAAGCUUGCGUCAAACAGAAAUCCUAAAUAAAUUAAAAAGCGUGACUCUUGACCCUGCUCUUGAAAAGUUCAAGCCUUCCGAAUGCGCGUCUAUUCCCACAUUUCACCCCGAAUACGGACGAUACAUGCUUGAAUCCACCCCAGGCACCCCUUUUUCCGGCACACCUUCAUCACUCGUCUCUGUCGAAGCAGACAUGCGAUUCCGUCGCCAGAUCAUCCGAUCCCAUCUGAAGGCACACGAGCUUCCCAUCACUCUCACCUCUUGGGCCAGAUUGGGUGUGAAGGAUAGCGCGUUCACCGACCCGGAGACUAAGCCGGACACAGAGAAUAGCAGUAGUCGGAGCGAGUAUGUGGGGGAGCUGUUGACAAACCCUCACGCGAGAUUCCCCACUCUUACGGCUAACAUCCGACAGCGAAGAGGGAGCAAGGUCGAUAUUCGACUCCCGUUGUUUAUCGAUGAGAACACUCUCAUCCCCAAAGGGUGCUCAAGACCUCCUCUUUCCACUAUAAGCCCUCCUGGCCCUUCCAAACCCCUUCCUGGUUUCCCUUACAUCCACAUGGAUGCGAUGGCCUUUGGUAUGGGUUGUUGUUGCUUGCAAAUCACUUUUCAAGCAUGGAAUGUCGACGAGGCCCGAAAGGUCUAUGACGCAUUAGUUCCUGUGGCUCCAAUCAUGCUCGCCAUGACAGCUGCGAGCCCAGCGUUCAAGGGACAGUUGGCGGAUGUAGAUGCGAGAUGGAAUGUGAUUGCAGCGAGUGUGGAUGACCGAAAUGACGAAGAGAGGGGUCUCAAGCCACUUAGGAAGGACACUUACCGCGUGCCAAAGUCGCGAUACGACUCUGUUGACCUUUACAUUGCCAACGAUGAACGUAACAAGCCCGAGUAUCAUGACAUUGAUGUACCAGUGAACCAAAAAGUCCGACAAAGGCUUUUAGAACACGGCAUUGAUGAUAAGCUUGCCAGUCAUAUCGGCCACCUCUUUAUCCGCGACCCUCUUGUGCAAUUCUCUGAAACCAUCGACCAGAACGAUGAAGAGUCAAUGGACCACUUUGAAAACAUUCAAUCGACCAACUGGCAAACGAUAAGAUUUAAGCCUCCGCCUGUCGAUUCACCUAUCGGCUGGAGAGUCGAGUUUAGGAGCAUGGAGGUACAAAUGACCGACUUUGAGAAUGCGGCGUUUUCUAUAUUUAUCGUGCUCCUCACAAGGGCUAUUCUUAGCUUCAACCUCAAUUUCUACAUGCCCAUAUCAAAGGUGGAUGAAAACAUGCAACGUUCUCAACAACGUAAUGCAGCUAUUGCUAACAAAUUCUUCUUCCGACGCAAUGUAUUCCCUUUGGACCAUCCUUACUCCCGAUUCGACUACCACUCCCGCCCUGUCUCCCCUCCUGUCCCCGAAUCGCCCACUGUUUUAACCCCUCAAAACUCCAAUUAUCUCCUUCCUAACGGUAACAGUACCAGCAACGGCCACGCCCAUCGACCAAACCACGAGCGCGAAUCUUCCGCUGCGUCGUCAUGCAGUACACCAAUCGACGAUGACGUUGGGGAUGAGUUUGAUGAGAUGACGUUGGACGAAGUUAUUAAUGGAAAUGGGGACAACUUCCCUGGGUUGAUGGGCGUUGUGAAUGCGUAUUUGAACUCGCUCAAUGUGGAUGUGUGCACAAAGUGUGACUUGCGAAAAUAUCUCGAUCUAAUCAAGUAUCGAGCAAAGGGCGACCUCGUCACCCCUGCUACCUGGAUCAGGCAAUUCAUCACAUCCCAUCCUGCAUACAAGAAAGAUUCGAUUGUUAACGACGAGAUCAACUACGAUCUUGUCAAGGCUGUGGAUGAGGUUGAGCGCGGUGUUCGACCUGCUCCAGAGUUGUUGGGCAAAGACUAUGUUGGGUCCGGUCCCACUGGUUGUCUCUAAGAUAUGGUUCAAAAUGAAACGACAUGUGGAUUAAUCUUGCGCAAGGGUCAUACAACAUAGUUUAACGGUAUUUUUUUCUAUUUUUUUUUUGCUUUUUUAUCUUUCGAACUAGAUUACGGGUUCAAGCAUGUAUAUUAACAGAUGGUUC